ACGGUGCGGGCGGGCCCGACGCGCGGCGGUGGUGGCGGCGAUGUCGGGGCCUAACGGGGAGCCGCACGUGCCGGUGGGCGCCGGCGACGACGACGACGGGGACGGUUUCGGGGAGGAAGAGUAUGCAGCAAUAAACUCCAUGCUGGACCAGAUCAACUCCUGCUUGGAUCACCUGGAGGAGAAGAAUGAUUAUCUACACGCCUGCUUGAAAGAACUGCUGGAGUCCAACCGCCAGACCCGCCUCGAGUUCCAGCAGCAGAGCAAGCAGCAGAACAUGGAAUCUGAAGUUCAGGGCUCACAGCCUCCCACCUAGCAUGCUGGCCACAAACUCUCAGUUGGUAUUGCUAAGGGGACAUUUACUGGUCACCAAUUUAACGUAAAACUUGAAUAGAAGAGGUACCUUGUGCCUGUUACUUGUUCCUUCCUAUGGUUGUGUGCUGCCAUUCACCUCCAUGUUCUGUUUUUCUUUAGCUGUGAUAGGUGCAGAAGCACACAGGUAGAUGUAGCAGAGCUCGUUCUUUUCACUCCCCAACAUGAGCCUGGCACUGAUACUUGGUUAAAACUGGUUGUAGGAAACCUGAUGCCAUGCAGGUUGCUUGCAAGCAGGCCCUCUUCACGAAGAGGAAGAAUGAUCUCUGCUCUUUUGCACUGUUAAAUCCGAGCAAGGAGUGUUAUGGCUCCAGCCUCUUCCCUCUAAAAGCACAGUAAGCAGGGGCUGUCCUGACUCCAGGCUUGCCCCUAAAUGUAACUCUGGUGACAGACUUGGAGACGGAGGCCCUAGGCCAGCUCCUGCCUUAAAACUACAGCUUCCCCAUUACUCAUAUUGUGACGUACGAAACACUGGCAGAUGGUCCCAGAUCACUAGACACUACUGUCCUCUUCCAAGCAGUUAAGACAAGCUACCAGGGUGAUGGUUUGGAAACUGCCUAACUCCUUAAGCUGCCAUUAAGGACUCGGGCAUUACAGAGGGGCAGAGCAGCAUGGUUAGCCCCCAGCCCAGCAUUAGCUAGAGAGCAGAGAGGGGCCUGCCUGCCAUGGGCCCAGAGCAGAGUCCUCCCUGCACAUUUUGACAAGAGUACACAUGAGCAUUCUGGACUGAAAUUCUAAUCUUGUCAGGAAGACCUGGGGCCAGCACCGGGAAGCAAGUCUUACUGUUCUAUUUCCGUAGAGUUAAAGGAGUUUUUUGGAAAGUUAAAGAAGUUAUUUAUAAGAAAUCUGUUUUAUUAAAAUCAGUUUGAAACAAAAUUUGUUCCUGAGAGUCUCCACUAUGAGAACAGACUGUAUUAAGCCUUGUAGUAUUAACAAAGGACCAAGAUGCACAUUGUUGCCUAGCUCAGGACACACUGCUUGUCUCAGAGUGUGCAUCUUUGAAAGGAAACUGUUUUGAGGAGCAGAAUUGGGCACACAGUCUCACAAGAGGUAAACUUUUCCUCUGCCUGGAUAAGAAACGAGAGGAACUACAAAGAAUUCUUAGUGAGAAAUAAGUCUGCAUCCAUUUACUUCAUGAACUCUGUACCCUGUGGAAAUCACAUUACCAUCUUCUUUCAGGUUAAACAAUCCAAGCAUCAGUCUUUCCACGUAAUUGUUGUAUCCCCACUGUAGAAGUAAUAACCAACACCAUCCUGUAUUAGACACGCUAAAGCCAGGCUUAUUUUAUUCUUAAAAUAAAAACAGCAGUAAAGUUGAA